UUGCACGAUGGUGAGUGGUGAGUGGUGAGUGAUGAUUUUAUGCAUAGAGUUUCUUAUAACUUUACACUAAAGGAGUGACAAGAAAGGGAUAAGAUUUGUGUUAAUGGAUGGUUCAGAGCUCAAACCAACCGAAACUCAGGCAUCCAAAAGAAGGAAGGUGGUUGUCGAGAGAACUGUUGUGACAGUGAAGAUAGGUGAAAAUGGUGGAGAAGGAAAGAAUGAAGGGCCGCCUUCUGAUUCAUGGUGUUGGAGGAAAUAUGGGCAAAAACCCAUCAAGGGGUCGCCUUAUCCGAGGGGUUAUUACAAGUGCAGCACAUCAAAAGCAUGUUCAGCCAAAAAACAAGUCGAGAGAUGCAAAACGGAUGCUUCGAUGCUCAUCAUCACUUACACUUCCACUCACAACCAUCCAGGCCCCGAUCUCAACCCCAAAAACCGAACACGGUCACCGAAAGAACCAGAAAACAACGAUGAUCGGCCCAAAGUUUCACGAGAAGAACCGGAACAAGUGAAGAAUGGAUGUGAAGAGGAGCAUUUCCACUAUCUACAGUCCCCAUUAAGGAUCAACCAAGAAGAUCCUUUCAGUGGGAAUCUAGAGGGAGUGUUUCUGUUGGAUGAAGAGCCACUCUCUUCUUGUCCUCGUAUAAAGGCGUCAUCGUCUUCAACACCAGACGAAAAUGAUUUCUUUGAUGAGCUCGAAGAACUGCCCAUGUGUUCAGCUUUCACUAGUUUCAUGAGAAGCAAGUUUUUCGAUGAAGGGAUUCCUGUUGUCCCUUCCUGAUCCAAGUGUUCAUAGAAAAACAUGUAAAUUUAGAUGUUCAUAUUGCAAGGGAUUAUGUUAUGCCUCCA